AUGGCAACCAAUGGCGCCCACGGCACGACUCAUCCUCCCACUUCGAACGAGCAGGUCAAGACCGAUAUCGUCACUCUCACCAGAUUCCUUACCGAGGAACAAGCCAAACAUAAAGAAGCCACAGGAGAUUUCACUCUUCUCUUCCACGCCCUCCAAUUCUCCUUCAAGUCGAUUGCAUACUGGAUUCGACGUGCCAGUCUUGCGAACCUGUCUGGUCUGGCCGGAUCCUCAAACACGACCGGUGAUGAUCAGAAGAAGCUUGAUGUCAUUGGCAAUGACAUCUUUAUUGCAUCCAUGCGCGGUUCUGGCCGUGUUCGAAUGGUCGUUAGCGAAGAAGAGGAAGAAGCCAUCAUUUUUGACGAACAUCCAAAUGCAAGAUAUGCAGUUGCCUGCGAUCCCAUCGACGGUAGCUCGAACCUGGAUGCUGGUGUCAGUGUUGGGACGAUUUUUGGAAUCUUCAAGCUACCGGAUAGAUGUGUUGGUGCUGGGAAGAAAGUGACGAAGAACGACCUAUUGAUGCCAGGGACCGAGCUGCUUGCGGCUGGUUUCACCAUGUACGGUGCUUCGGCUCAGUUGGUGAUAACGAUGAAGGGAGGAAACGUGAAUGGGUUCACCCUGGAUGCCGCGUUGGGCGAGUUCAUCUUGACGCAUCCAGACAUGAAGAUACCAAAGAAGAGGGCCAUAUACAGUGUGAACGAGGGAAACAGUUUGUACUGGGAAGACAAUACGAAGAAGUAUUUUGAAAGUUUAAAGUAUCCUGUAGAGGAAAGCGGGAAGCCAUACUCUGGGAGGUAUAUCGGAGCAAAAGAAUUGGCUGAUACUUGGUAUAUCAUUACAGGCAGUAUGGUAGCAGACGCCUACCGAACCCUCCUCUAUGGGGGCAUAUUCGCCUACCCUACCGACAAGAAGUCUCCCAAGGGGAAACUGAGGAUUUUAUAUGAAUGCGCUCCAAUGGCCAUGGUCUUUGAGAAUGCCGGCGGUCAAGCCGUCGACGGCAAGAUGGCGCGCAUGCUGGAAGUCCAGCCCGAGCAUAUUCACGAUCGAAGUGGAAUCUUCUUGGGUAGUUAUGAUGAGGUGCAGAAGGUGAUCGAGGCGCACAAGUGA